CGGGGACGGCGAGAGGUGGCUCCCCCGGAUCGAGGAUCCCCGUGUACAGGGCCUGAACGGCGGCGGGAUGCCGGAGCUCCAGCAUCCUUGCGGCGUUCGACGACGCGAUCGGCCGACGGAGUCGACAUUCUGUCGGUCUCCCUCGGCGCCCCUUCAUCUUUGAUGCUGCCGGAUUUCAAAGACGACACGAUCUCCAUCGGAGCGUUCCACGCCGUUGAGAGCGGGAUAACGGUGGUCUGCUCUGCCGGCAACGACGGCCCUGACUCUUCCACCGUCGUGAAUGCGGCGCCCUGGAUUCUGACCGUGGCUGCGACGACUAUUGAUAGGGAUUUUCAGUCCGACGUCGUUUUAGGUGGAGGCAACGUCGUCAAGGGUGAAGCCAUAAAUUUCUCGAAACUUCGAAAAUCUCAUGUGUACUCGUUGACAUACGGUAAGACGAUUAUGAGAUUUGAUACAUCCGAAUUAUAUAUAAGAAACUGCGUUCCUGGUUCCAUAGACAAGGCUAAAGUGAAUGGAACCAUCGUUUUGUGCGAGAACAAAGAUCCAGAUUACCCAGGUUUUGGGAAGGUAUUAGAAAUACAGUAUAAUGGAGGAGUAGGUGUAAUUUUUAUUGAUGAUUUGAAAAGAAGAGUUGCUUCUACUUUAAAGGAUUUUCCAGCUGUAGUAAUCAGCUCCAAAGAUGCUGCUGAAAUCCUUUCUUACAACUCAACCAAAAACCCUGUUGCAACAAUUCUAGCUACCGUGGCAACUCCCAAGUACAAACCGGCACCUGAGAUUGCAUACUUUUCUGCCAGAGGUCCUUCCCAAAAUUCAGAAAACCUCAUCAAGACUUUACAGCCUGAUAUUGCAGCACCCGGAGUUAACAUUCUAGCCGCUUGGAUGGGCAACGAUUCAGAUAUCGCACCUCAAAGCAAGGACCCAUCGAUGUUCAAUGUAAUCUCUGGAACUUCCAUGUCUUGUCCUAACGUGUCAGGCGUUGCAGCAGUGGUUAAAUCGCACAACCCUUCGUUCGGCCCUUCUGAGAUCAAAUCCGCCAUUAUGACAACAGCAUCACAACUGAACAACGACAAGUCGCCAAUAACAACACACUUCGGGGCAACAGCCACGCCCUCGACUAUGGUGCCGCAGAGAUGA